UGCUCGCUCCUUGGAGACUGGUGCGCAGGGAAGAAGCGAAGGAGUUGUUUGCUGCUGCUCAUUGCUUCGAGCCGGGAUAAAGUUUUCGCAGCGCAGUGGAAAGAGUUUCCCUCGGUGUUUCCAGCUUCAGGGGGUCUGGGCUUGGCUUUCUCCCCCUCUCCCUCCGCCACAUGCGUGGCCAAUCUUUGCCGUGAAACAGACUAUUACAGAAGCGAGCCUUCAGCCAUGUUGGAGCAGGAAGCAAAGUUGUGGGAGCAGGGCACGGCGGGCCCUGAAGCAGGAAGGAGCACCGACGCCGUCGGAUGUGGGCACAGCGGGGAAUUCUGGGACGGAAAUGUGCAGAAGGUCAUAAUCAAGGAGGAGACCCUCAGCUCAGAUGUGCCGUGCCAGCACUUCAGGGGAUUCUGCUACCAGGAGGCUGAGGGGCCCCGGGAAGCGUGCAGCCGACUCCACCAUCUUUGCCGCGAGUGGCUGAAGCCGGAGCAACACACCAAGGCUCAGAUGCUGGACCUGGUGGUCUUGGAGCAGUUCCUGGCUGUCCUCCCCCCGGAGAUGGAGAGCUGGGUGAAGAGAUGCAGAGCGGAGACCAGUUCCCAGGCGGUGGCCCUGGCAGAAGGUUUCCUCCUCAGCCAGCAAGAGGAUGUGAAGCAGGAACGGCAGCAGGGCCUGUUUGCAGAAGAAGCAACUGACUUCUCCGAGGUACAAAAUGCAGCCCCGGUGGACUCUCGGCAGAGGCUUCUGUCCAAGUUGAUUAAGCAGGAGGAGGACGAAGACGCCACUUUGCAGAGAGAUGAGCCAAGUAUGCCAGUUAUAUGUUCUACCUCCUCUCUCCCUUCUGGUCCAAUGGAAAUGGUUUCUGGGCAACCGGAUCAGGUUUCCUUUGAGGAAGUGCCUGUACAUUUCACCGAAAAGGAGCGUGCCCUGUUGCAUCCAAGCAAAAUCACCCUUCACCGCAAAGAAUCCACGGCUGAGAAUUCUGGGGUUGUGGCCUCUCAACAUAAGUGCCCGAAAAUCUCCAGCGGGAAAAGGACUUUAACCGACCACCACCAAGGAAAUCAAGCGGGGAAGAAACCGUACGCCUGCCUGGAGUGCGGGAAAAGCUUCACACGCAAGAGGAGCCUCACUAUCCACCAGAGAAAUCACACGGGGGAAAAGCUGUACAACUGCCUGGAGUGCGGAAAGGGCUUCACCCAGAAGGGGCACUUCGUUACGCACCAGAGAUCUCACACGGGGGAGAGGCCCUUCCAAUGCCUGGAGUGCGGGAAAAGCUUCGCGCAGAAGGGGCACUUCACGGCCCACCGAAGAUCCCACACCGGGGAAAAGCCAUAUACCUGCCCGGAGUGCGGGAAGAGCUUCACGCAGACGACGCACCUCUCCACACACCUGAGAUCUCACACGGGGGUGAAACCGUACACUUGCUUGGAGUGCGGGAAAAGCUUCAGCGUCAAGGCGACGCUUCGGUCCCACCAGAGAUCUCACACGGGAGAGAAGCCGUACAAAUGCCUGGCAUGCGGGAAGAGCUUCAGCAUGCUGGCGAACCUCAGGAGACAUGAGAGAAUCCACGCCGGGGUGAAGCCGUACAAAUGCUUUGAAUGCGGGAGGAGCUUCUGUAAGAAGGCGAGCCUAACCGACCACCAAGUAAGUCACACAAGGGAAGAACAAGUGGUGUACAAAUUCUUUGAUUUUGCAGCAGCAGGGGGGGGGGGAAUGGCUCUCUUUCUGGCCAUGUCGGGGGGCGUCUUGAAGGAUGAUGUCAAACUGCAAGAUCGAGUCACGGCUUCCCCCCAGCCAGGAGGAGACGCCCCUGCAGUGCAGGCCAGGGGCGGCGAGGGAUCCUGGGGAGGAAUCCUGCGGCGGAUCCUGGGUGAGCAGGGGGGCACCCUCAGCUCAGAGGCGCAGCGCCAGCGUUUCAGGCAAUCCCGCUACCGGGACCCCGAGGGACCCCGAGAGGUUUGCAGCCGACUCCACCGCCUUUGCCGCCUGUGGCUGGAGCCAGAGAGACACACCAAGGCUCAGAUCCUGGACCUGGUGAUCCUGGAGCAGCUCCUGGCUGCCCUCCCUGCGGAGACAGAGAACUGGGGGAAGGACUCAGUCACGACCUGGAAUCCGAUUGCAAAAUACCGCCUGGCAUCGAGACAGGAUCUCGUGGAACUUUCAGGGAAUACUUUGGCCAUCUUGAGAGCUGCCUCAGAUCACAAGUCCAAGAUGGCCGAGCAAGACUUGGUCGGCUCUCGGGCAGGAGGAGAACCUAGUGCAACCCAGGCUGGGAGCAGUGGCGGAUCCUGGGAAAGAACCGCGCAGGAGAUCCUGGGUGAGGAAUAUGCCCUCAGCGUCGAUGCACGGCGCCAGCAUUUCAGGGAGUUCCAGUGCCGGGAAGCUGAGGGACCUCAGGAGGUUUGCAGCCGACUGCACCACCUCUGCUGCCAGUGGCUGAAGCCAGAGCGACACACCAAGGCUCAGAUCCUGGACCUGGUGAUCCUGGAGCAGUUCCUGGCUGUCCUCCCCCUGGAGGUGGAGAACUGGGACCUAUUUUCCGAAGAGGCCGUGGACUUUGCGGAGGCAGAGAAGGCUCCGUCAGACUCCAGGCAGAAGCCUCUCUCUAGGCGGAUCAAACAGGAGGAAGGUGGAGGUGCCACAUCACUGGGAGAUGGACGCAGCAGGAUGCGGGCAAUAUGUUGCUGCCCUUCUCUUCCUUGCGCUGGAGUGGAAAUUGCAUCAGUGCAGCUGGAUCAGUUUAAAGCUCUUCUUACCUUCUCACAAAGUAUCCCUCUUGUUUCUCAAGGUGAAAAGCAGGAUGAAGGAGAAUCAAACAUGGCACUGUUGGAAGGAUAUGGAUGCAAGGAGGAGGAAGAACAGAGAGCAAGACCUGAGCUAAAACAGGAGAGCAGGAACCAAUUCUCUGCUUCUCAGGAAGGUGACAUCUAUGAGAUCCCAGCUGAAGAGAACAUUAACAACAGAAAAGAAAGCAAUCAGUGCCCUGUGUGUGGCAAAAUGUUCAAAUGGAAAUCGAGCCUUUAUACCCACUCUAAGCUCCACACAGGGGAGAAGCCAUUCAAAUGUUCUGAGUGUGGAAAGAGCUUCAGUCAGAAGUCAACCCUCACUACUCAUCAAAGAAUCCACACCGGGGUGAAACCAUUUCAAUGUUCCGAAUGUGGAAAGAGCUACAGUAGAAAUUCAAGCCUUACUGCUCAUCAGAGAAUCCACACAGGGGAGAAACCGUAUGUGUGCCCGGAGUGUGGAGAAAGCUUCAGUGAGAAGAGAAAUCUCACUGUUCAUCAAGGAACUCACACAGGGGGGAAGCCAUUUAAGUGCUUGGAUUGUGGAAAGAGCUUCAGUCAGAUAUCAAGUGUAAGCAGACACCAAAGAAUACACACUGGUGAGAAACCAUAUAUAUGCUCGGAGUGUGGAAAAAGCUUCAACCAGAAAAGAAAUUUGACUGUUCAUCAAGGAACUCAUACAGGGGAGAAACUAUUUAAAUGCUCGGAGUGUGGAAAGAGCUUUAAUAGGAGAGACCGACUUAUCUUACAUAAUAAAAUCCACAGAGGGGAGAAACCAUUUAAAUGCUUGGAGUGCGGAAAGAGCUUCAGUCAAAGCUCAAGCUUUACUUCACACCAAAGAAUUCACACUGGGGAAAAACCUUUUAAAUGCUUGGAGUGCGGGAAAAGCUUCCGUUGGUCUAGCGUCUUGACUUUACACCAACGAAUUCACACAGGUAAGAAACCAUAUAGCUGCUUGGAGUGCGGAAAAAGCUUCAGGCAGAAGAGCAAUCUCACAGCUCACGAAGGAAUCCAUACUGGGCAGAAACCAUUUAAAUGUUUGGAGUGCGGAAAGAGCUUCAGUCAAAAGAUGCACCUCACCUGCCAUCAGGGAACGCACACAGGAGAGAAACCAUUUAAAUGCUUGAAAUGUGGAAAGAGCUUUCGUUGGGCUACCUCUCUUACUUUACAUCAGAGAACCCACACAAGGGAGAGACCGUACACCUGCUUGGAGUGCGGAAAGAGCUUCAGUCAAAAAACCCAUCUCACUUAUCAUCAAGGGACUCACACAGGGGAGAAAGUGUUUAAAUGCCUGGAAUGUGGAAAGAGCUUUUGCUGGGCCAUUUCUCUUACUUUACAUCAACAAAUGCACGUAAGAAAGAAAGCGUAUACUUGCCUGAAGUGCGGAAAGAGCUUCAGGAAGAAUUCCAACCUUAGAUCACACCAAAUAACUCACACAGCAGAGAAACCAUUCAAAUGCUUGGAGUGUGGGAAAAGCUUCCGUUGGAACAACUCUCUUACAUUACAUCAACGCGUUCACACCGGGGAGAAGCCAUAUGAGUGCUUGGAGUGUGGAAGGUGCUUCAAUAGGAAAUCCACCUUUAUAUUACACCAGAGAAUCCACACGGGGGAGAAGCCCUUUAAAUGCCCGGACUGUGGAAAGAGCUUUAUUCGGAGAGACUCCCUCAUUUCACACCAACACAUCCACACGGGACAGAAGCCCUUUAAAUGCUUGGAGUGCGGAAAGAGCUUCAAUCACAGCUCAAGCUUCACUUUACACCAAAGAAUUCACACAGGUGAGAGACCACAUAAAUGCUUGGAGUGUGGAAGGACUUUUAACAGGAGAGGAACACUUAAAUUACAUCAAAGAAUCCACACAGGGGAGAAACCUUUUAAAUGUCUGGAGUGUGGAAAGAGCUAUAUUAGGAAAGACUCCCUUAUUUUACAUCAGAGAAUCCACUCAGGGGAAAAGCCCUUUAGCUGCCUGGAGUGUGGAAAUAGCUUUAUUAGAAAGGACUCCCUCAUUUCACAUCAACACGUCCACAUGGGGGAGAAGGCUUUUAAAUGUUCAGAGUGUGGAAAGAGCUUCAAUCACAGCUCAAGCUUCACCUUACAUCAAAAAAGUCACACAGGAGAGAGACCACAUAAAUGCUUGGAAUGUGGAAAGAGCUUUAACAGGAAAGGGAUCCUUAAAUUACACCUGAGAAUCCACACAGGGGAGAAACCCUUUAAAUGCCUGGAGUGCAGGAAAAGCUAUAUUAGGAAAGGGUCCCUUAUUUUACAUCAAGGCAUCCACAUGGAGGAGAAACCAUUUAAAUGUCUGGAGUGUGGAAAGAGCUUUUCUAGGAAAGACUGCUUUAUUUCACAUCAAAACAUUCACACAGGUGAGAAGCCCUUUAAAUGCCUGGAGUGCGGAAAGACCUUCAAUCACAGCUCCAGCUUUUUAUCACACCAAACUACUCACACAGGUGAAAGACCAUAUAAAUGUGUGGAGUGCAAAAAGAGCUUUAACAGGAAAGGGACCUUUAUUUUACAUCAAAGAAUCCACACAGGGGAGAAACCUUUUAAAUGCUUGGCGUGUGGAAAGAGCUAUAUUAGGAAAAGCUCCCUUAUUUCACAUCAGAGAAUCCACACGGAGGAAAAACUUUGAAUGUUUGGAGCACAGGAAGAACUUAAGUCACGGCUCAAGCUUUUUAUCACACCAAAGAAUUCAAAUGUGUGGAAUACAUAAAGAGCUUCAGGAAGAGCAGGGACCUCUGUAGACAUCAAGUGAUAAACCAGAUGUGUGCACAGACUGUAGCAUGAUUUGUCACAACAGAGAUAGCCUUAGAAAUCACCAGAGACAGCGCAUAGAGGAGCAACUAUAUACGUACAGGCUUGGAACGUAGAAGUGUCAUCUAUGAGCAAGCAGAAUAAUCUUCACACAGGGAGGAAGUGUCUAAAGAAAGAAGACUACAGCUUUUCUGACCAAUCACACUUUUAUAGCAUACACAAACAUGAGAUUGACAGUAUAAAUGUUCAGAUAUCUACAAUUCCAAACAUGGUAUGUGGGGAAAGUGAUUAGGGCCAUCAUCUUAACUAGUACAAUGUUGUACUAGUUAAGCAUUUUCCUUGCAAC